GCGCAGAAAAGGGAGAGAGCUGGCGGCUCCGGGGGCGGGUUUUGCCGUCUCCUCCUCUUCUCUCCUGUCAUGGUGUCCCCAACCUUGACCGCCGUGCAGAGGUUGUGCAGGCGGCCUCUCUGCGAGAUAAGGAUCUACUAACGUUUAAAGGAAAACCUUUAUUAAGUAAAAGGAAGAUGGAGUUCAGAGUGUACAACUUGUGAACUACCAAAUGAAUGAUCUUGCGGGAGUCUGCAGGCAUUUGUCAUGGACUGUGGCUGCUCUGCCAAGUUGUGACUCCACUUGCUUCUCUCUCUUUGGUGGGAGCUGGCUUUUUGCCCAGCUGGGGGAGGUUGCCAGGCCCUCACCACUCUUCCACAGGUGCCGGUACACCAAAGGCGGGCACAAGCUGUUUGCAUUCCAGCAAUUCACCUGCACGUGACUGCAGCCACCAUGCAAGCCAGCCAGGAAGAUUUUGAAAAGGCUCAAGAAAAACUGAAGCUUUUGAAAAAUGAUCCUGGGAAUGAAACUAAGUUGAAGCUCUAUGCUUUGUUUAAGCAGGCUACUGAAGGUCCCUGCAAUUCUCCCAAACCAAGUAUGCUGGAUUUUGUCAAAAAAGCCAAGUGGGAUGCAUGGAAUUCCCUUGGUGAUUUAUCUCAGGAUAAUGCCAGGCAGAAAUAUACAGAACUUGUCUCAAGUCUGAUCUCUGCAGAAUCUGCUGACCAGAAGAAAGAUGAUUCUCCGGAUGAGGGCAGACAUGAUGGCUAUGAAACAAUACUAGUUACCACCAAAAACAAUAUCACAAAGAUAAUGUUUAACAGACCUGAUAAGAAGAAUGCCAUCAACCGUAAGAUGUAUGGAGAAAUUAUGAAAGCACUUGAAGAAGCUGGAAAAGAUGAUUCUACCAUAGCAGUUAUUACUGGAAAUGGAGACUACUAUAGUAGUGGAAAUGAUCUGAAUAAUUUUGCUUCUGCCCUAGCUGGUGAAGCGGAGAAGAUGGCAAAAGAUGGAGCAAUAUUACUCAAAGACUUUGUGGAUCAUUUUAUUGAUUUUCCUAAACCACUGAUUGCAGUAGUAAAUGGCCCAGCUGUUGGAAUCUCUGUAACACUCCUUGGAUUAUGUGAUGUCGUGUAUGCUUCUGACAGCGCUACAUUUCACACCCCUUUUAGUCAACUUGGACAAAGCGCAGAAGGAUGUUCUUCUUACACAUUUCCAAAAAUCAUGGGCUUAGCCAAGGCAAGUGAGAUUUUGCUUUUCAAUAAAAAGCUGACCGCAGCAGAAGCCUGUGCCAAAGGACUUGUGACUGAAGUCUUCCCUCAAAGGACUUUUCAGAAGGAAGUUUGGAAAAGAUUAGAAGCUUAUGCAAGUCUCCCAAAAAAUUCCUUGGCAGUGACAAAGCAACUGAUGCGAAGUAUGGAAAAGGAGAAGCUCCAUGCAGUCAACAGUAAGGAGUGUGAAGUCCUGCAGGGGAGAUGGUUGUCCGAAGAAUGUGUAAAUGCUGUUGUCAGCUUCUUUAGUCAGAGAUCAAAACUCUAAUCUUCACCAUAGAAUAAUUCAUCUUCUGGCAAUAGCUUAAUCUGCCCUCAUUGUUAAUAAACUUUCUCUUCAAGAAAUAGUUCUUAUACCUUUUGAUGUGGUAUAUUUCUGUUCUGAGUACUGUGUUAAAACCAGUUCAUAAAAUUAAUAUAAUGUUAUGUGCCUUGGAUCCAUAGGUGGGAGGAUAAGGAGGUUCAUUAUUCUGUAGCCAUCAGUGAUGUUUCUGAAUAGUCAUAAAGCAGCCUUUCUUCCAAAAGAAGCUACAGAUUAGCACUGUAUUUUCAUAGCUCUUCAGUUGAUGUCUUACAAGUGAUUUUUAUAUUAAUCUGUGGGGAAGGGAAUACUGCAUAAAUAAUGGAAAUAAAAUAAAUGGAAA